UGACUUCUCGUGCUGUAGUUUUACUUCCAGGAGCAGUGCAGCUGUCAGAGGGGAGUGAGGUGCACAGCUAUGGACUGAAAACAGCGCGUUUCUUUUUAUAUGCACAGCUUUACAGGGUUUACUUCAUUUCUCUUAACAUCUCCGAUUCUACCUCAGACUGAUUCUCGGUUAAAUUUACACACUCAAAAGAGGACCGCGAGGCCCAGGUCCUGCCCUCGUCCUCUUCCUUGUGCAAUGCCGAAGAGUGACACUUGGCCAGGCGGCGUUGCCAUGGAAUCCUCGAGCAAUUUGGACAGUGCCGAGAGCUGCGACAGUGUAAUCAGCAUGAACUCUGGCUAUAGUGAUGACAGUAUGGAGCACUUAACUGCAGAAGAAAGAGCGUGUCUCAUGUAUCUGGAGGAAACUAUUGAAGCGCUGGAGGUGCAGGAAGACAGCGGAUUAUCCAAUGAUGAACCAGACCCUGACAAAACGGGUCGGAUGAGAGUAAAUGACAUUUCCAGUUUCAAGUCUGAUGAGUCAACAAGAGUGUUAACCAAUGGAGACGAAGCUGAGCAUCACGCUCUAAAUCAAACCCCAGAACCACAAUCCUCUCCUGCCGCUGCAGCUAACGCGAAACAUCUCGAAACAUCAAUGGACCUAAUGACACAACCAAACCCUCCAGUCACUGAAUCAGUCACUGAAUCAGUCACUGAUUGCAAAAUCCACCCAUCAGCUACACAGUUGUGUGUAUCCACGGAUGGAGAUGGUAAACUAAAGAUUGUCCCAAGUGCCAGUCUUUGCCCCAGUCAGUCCACGGGAGCCUCUGAGACAGAUGUGGGUGUGAUCCCUCCUCCCUCAGACUUCAUGGAUGAACCGGGCCUUCCUCCACAGCAGCAGAAAGUGAAGAGUCUUCCUCCAUCUGCAGGAAUAUCCAAUAACCAGCCAGGAGCAACUAUUGACUUGGAGCAGCUACGCCAGAGAGCCUCUGAGACGAGAACUUCAGUGAGUUCGCCUGUGAUCAAGGAGCCUCCAAACAAGCCUCCAGAACUGAGUCUACCAGCCGUCAGCCCUGGUCUACUAAUAAGUCCUCCUGAAGCCGCUGAGCCAAGAAGUCCACCUGCUGUGGCCCCGAAGCCCAAGAAGCUUCCUUCCAACAUUAUUCUGAAGUCCCACAAGUCAGCAGUGGCCGGCUCUGAUGGCACCUCUGGACAUUCGGUGCCCAAUGACCGGCUCUUGUCGGAACCCCAGAGGAUCCGCAUUGAGGCCCUCCGAAAGCUUGGCCUGCUGCCUCAGGCAGACUCGGGGCCCGCCCUGAGCCCUAAGCUUUCCCCAAAAACAAGAAGGUCAUGGGCAGCUCCUCCUUCUCCAAUCAGCACGGCUGCUCCACAUACACCACCCUUGACACCAUCUUACACCCAAUUCAACAGCCCACCUCCUGCCUCCGUCCCUCUCCAGUCUCCUGCAGCUGUGUCAACAUCAGCUACUUCCCCAGCUCCUGCGGUCCAGCCUGCUGAGGUUCUCGCAGCACCUGCUGCUUUCAGUGACUCAGUCGAACCUCCGCUGUCAGAUAAUGGACUGCCUGCUGUCAAAGAUGCUUCAGAGGCCACAGUUAAUGCACAGGUGAACACACCCUCUCUUCCCCCGAUUGCCCUUGUAAAGCAUCUAACCCCACCCAAGGUCUUCAAAUCAGCCACCCUGGAGCGCUCUGGCCCAGGUCUAAGCAACUAUAUGGCUAAUCAAGACUCCAAUGAGGCAGGUGGUGAGCAGAGCCCCAGCCAGCGACGUAACAAUCGGCCGCGCCCCGCGUCUCUGGGGAGUGGGAAAGAGUUCAUAAGCAUUCAAGGAGAGCGUUCGCAGGUGGCCCGUGCCACAAGCAAAGAGCCUGAUUUACGGAGGACCCUGCCUGCCGUCACCGCCUUUCAGCACUCCGGACACUCUCAGAAGCUGCCCCGAUCGCAAGGCAUCAGUGUACUGAUCUGCCCGAGGGCAGAAAACGAAGAAGAACGCCGUGAGGCCCUGAAGAAGCUGGGGCUAAUCAAGGACUGAGGCAUCUAUCUUACACUAACUGCCACGGACUACCUUCAGAUUCUAUAUUUAAAGGAACAUACCAGAGAUUCAUACAUGAUUGAUGAAGGCAUUACAAAACUUUCAGGAAGCAGCUUAACCACAUAUUUAUGCAAUUAGAUUUUUACUGCGUUAAGCAUGAGACUGACUCGCACGUCUUGAAUACACUGGCCCACAUUUGCAUCUACUUCUUACUCCUAUUGUACAGCCAUAUGUACAGUGUUUUAUUUCUCCUAAAACUGACAAUCAAGAACCUUUUGGAUAUUCACUGACUCGCUGUAGCUGUGGUAUUUUAAAUUAAAAACACUAUUACUUUAAAGAGGCAAUGAGUUAUUUUGUGUAUGUUUCUUGUGAUCUAAAGGUCUGAAUCUUUUUGUAUGUCCGUGUCUGCUUUCACAUGUUGUUCUUGGUUACAGUGACACUACUGUGAUACUGGUUUCCCUCUUAGUUCUCUUUAUAGAUACUUUCAAAAGUCACCUUUUGUUCACUUCCACUUCCUAAAAUUAGUUUUAGGAAGUUUUUUUUGUUUUGUUGACCACAGGAACCGGCUAAUAUUCAGGUUUUUGUGUACUGAACACGAGCUACAUUAAACCUGUAUUGCGCAG